AUGAGGAUGCUGUUGUGGGGGAUCUUGUCAUUCUGCUUGCUGGCCUAUGCCCACGGUGACUGCCGGAAGGACUGCCUGAACUGCCACAGACAUCUGUACAGCCACCAAGAUGACUUUAGUCUUCUGAUCUGUGUAAUGGAGUGUGAAGGGAAACUGUUUUCCAGUGCUACCUGGGGACUUUGCAAUAAAGCCAUCAGUGGAAAAAGUUCUUUGUCCCUAGACCAUAGUAGCCUGGAAGAAAUGAAAUGGCCAUUGGAGAUGUGGGAUGGCAGCCUGAAAGGAGCCAGAAGUAACCUGAAACAUCAUGGUGACCUGACCAGAAUGGUGGAUCUCAGCGAUGGGGAAGAUAAGCAAGUGUCCAACUUGUUCAUCCGUCAGCCAAAGGCAGAAGAUGACACUAGUGAUGGAAGCCAAACUCCACUUGGGGAUUUACAUGAUCAGCUCAAGAUUCCCAAGAGGGUGGGUGAUUUCCUGAGGGGCCCAUUCAACUAUGGGCAGAUGGAAGAACCUGAGGUGCAAGAGCUCCAAAAACGAUUUGGAGGCUUCAUUGGUGUUCGAAAAUCAGCCCGGAAGUGGCACAACCAGAAAAGGUUCAGUGAAUUCCUGAAGCAGUAUCUGGGGAUGUCCCCACGUUCCGUUGAGUACGAUGGCUUGGCUGAUGACCUGAAGGAACAGAAUGAGAUUUAA